GUUGCAACUUUUGGUGGAGGAAUGCUUGUCACCUACUCCUUUUUAACUUCCCUUCUCUACUUCCCCUUUCUCAAAUCAAAACACAACACCACCACCAACAAUUCUUACACAUUAAAAUUUAAUCAUUAAUUUACAAACAAAAUCCUCUCUUUUUCUCUUCUCUUUUGUAUAUGAAACUCUUGAGAGAAAGAGAAAGAGAGAGAGAGAGAGAGAGGGAGCUUUGAUUUGCUUUCUCAAUGGUAUCCCACAAAUGCAAGCUCUGUUCUAGAGCUUUCACCAAUGGCAGAGCCUUAGGAGGCCAUAUGAAGGCUCAUCUCACUGCACCUGCUGCAGCGCUUCCCUUUCCACCGCCCAAGCCUCCUCCCUCCCCCUCUUCGUCUUCUUCUUCCGACCACGAUGAAUCUACGCUUUACGAGCUUAGAGGAAACUCGAAGGGGAGGAAUUUCAGAUUCUCAGAUCCUGUUUUCAACAUUGUUCUUCAAGAUAGAGAGAGCGAGACCGAAUCCAAAAACCCAACUCGAAAACGAUCCAAACGGUGGAGGAAACCGGAGGUGGAACCGGAACCCGCUAGCUCUGUUUCCGAUGCUUCGCCGGAGGAAGACUUGGCUGUUUGCUUGAUGAUGCUGUCACGUGAUCGAUGGAUCAAGAAUCAAAAUCAUAAUGAGAGGAGAUCUUCGUUUGAGGAAUUGGGGUCGAAGAUUAGAGUGAAGAAAGGAAUUAGAAGGAAGAAAAAGUGUGAGAAAUGUAAGGAACAGUUCCGAUCUUAUAGAGCUCUGUUUAGCCAUGAAAAAAUCUGUCAAUCAGAACAAGAAGAAGAACAAGAGGGAAGCAGAAGAAGAAUCUUCAAAUGCCCGUUUUGUUAUAAGCUUUUUGGAUCAGGUCAAGCACUUGGUGGCCAUAAGAGAUCUCAUCUUCUGAGCUCUACAAAUAAUUCCUCCGUUUCUUUCAAACUUCAGAUUAGUCUCAUAGAUCUCAACUUACCAGCUCCUCUUGAAGAAGAUGAUUACAGUGUAGUUUCUGAUGCUUAAGAUUUCGUUUUUUGUUAAUUAGUUCAAUAACCUCAUUUUCAUUUCUUCUUUCUUUUGGGGUUUAGUUUCUUUUUUGGUAAAGGUGAAAACAAAAAAGUGAAGGAACUGAAAAUUGGAAUCUUGGAAGUUUGAAUGGUAAGAAGAAGAAGAAGAAGAAGAAGAAGAAGAAGAAGAAGAAGAAGAAGAAGAAGAAGAAGAAGAAGAAGAAGAAGAAGGUAAGUGAAAGACUUGGUCUAAUGGGUAUGGUUUGAAUUGAAACAGACAUUUUCAAUUAUGAAUGUUUUCCUUUUUUUUUCUUUUGGUUUGACCAUAGAAAUGUGUUUACUUAGAGAAGACAGAAAGAAGAUGAUUAGGAAAAAGUAUUGUGAAAGUAAAGAUUAGUGCUACUUUUGAACUAUUAUGGACUAAAAAUAAUAAGAACAAUAAAUGCUACCCUAAA